AUGGAAUCUACUUUUAGUCAAACAUCUAUUGUAAUUCAUGAAAUUAAACAUGAUUUAUUGUCAUAUGAAAAUGCUCAAGAUCGUGAAACGGAUUUAGCUUGUACUAAUCAUAUUAAUAAUCAAUUUCAACGUUUAAUGGAAUUAUGUGAUCGACUUGAUAUACUUGUUAAUAAAGAACCAGCACAAAGACGACCACAAUCAAGACUACGUCUUAAUGAAAUUAAAUAUGAUAUAAAACAUUAUCAAACUGCUUUCAAUAAUAUAAGUUUAAAAAAACAACAACGUGAUGAAGCUGAACGACAACGAGAAUUAUUACUUCAUCGUAAAUUUACACCCACAAAUGUCAAUACAAAUGGUGCAACACAUAUUAAUCUUGAUCAUUCGUUAGAAUAUUCUCAACGACUUGAUUCAACUCAUGAACAUGUUGAUGGAUUACUUGAACAAGCACAUCAAACACUUAAAAGUCUUCAUUUUCAAGGUUCAACUCUUAAAAAUAUUCGUAAAAAAAUGAUUUCAAUGGGAAAUAUGCUUGGUCUAUCAUCAACUGUUAUACAUUCAAUUGAACGACGUUCAGCAAGUGAUUGGUGGCUUUUAUUCGGUGGAAUGCUUGUAACUCUUAUUGUUAUGUUUGUUCUUUAUAGAUGGCUUGUUUAA